CUCUGUCAGAGAGUCUGACAAACAUAGAUCAGAACAGAUCAACAGAUAGACAGACAUCCCCUUGCAGGUUUUGAGUUCUGAAAAUCUGCCUACAAAUAACAUCUUCAUAAAUUCUGCCUUCCAAUGGAAAAAUCUUUUCACUUUGAUCGUCAUAGUUAAUGAAAAGGCAUUUAACCGGUGUUUAUAAAGAUUUCGUGUACUCGUGUAAAAAUUAUUGUCUACGGUGACUGCGGUGGUUGGGCAUCCACAUGAAUAGAGGUAAAUUAUCUAAAAUAAGAAAAAGACAUAAAUUAUUUUAAUAUGAACAACACGCAAACAACGACUAACAAAGAUGAAGCUGAGGUAUUUGUGUUAUCACCAAAUGUUCUUGAAAAACUAGGGAUUGACAUUAGUAAUAUAACACAUAAUGUUCAAGAACAGAAGCAAGUUAAGAGAAAAAAAAAUAAAUUCUGUGUAAAUAAUUCUUCAUAUUCAAAUCCUGAAGGAAUAGAAAAUAAUGUAUCUGAAUCAAGUAAAAAUAAUGAAGAAUCUUCUAUUUUAGAAACUGCAAAGUUAAUGAAUGAUUCAAUAUUUUUAAGUCCUACAUUUUUACCUUUAGUGGUUGAUGCUAAAGAAGGAGAGGAUGAGAUAGCUAAUCAAUUAGAUUUGAUUUCUAAUGAACAACAAUCAGAAUCAAUUACCACAAAUGAAAUUUACAGCAAGGUUUCGAACCUUGAACAUGUUAAUUUUGAGGUGCAACAAGACAAACAAAGAGACAUAGUAUUGAGUUCCAAAUAUAAAUCUGACAGUAGAGUAUUGAAAGAAACAAACCCUUCAAUAAUUUGCAAUAAAAAUGUAAGGAAUCAUAUGCGAAUACCACUUGCAGUUCACGAAAACUGUGUACUAAACAAACAAACUAAUUCAAAUGACAUCAUAUGUAGCAAAUUAAAAUUGGAUGAUGGUGAGAUGGCAAAAUCGAAAUGUAGGAAAGAAGAAUAUGAACCCUAUGGAUUACUCAAUCCAAAUGAUAGUAUUCAGUCAAUUCAUAUACCAAAACAAGACAAUUCACAGACUAUCCAAAUAAUAUAUGAUUCAGAUACAAACAGCAUAAACCACAAGAUAGAAAGUGAAAGUGUCAAGGCCAGAAGUAUUCCAGACGAUUUAAUGAUUCCUAUUUCGUCGUCAGUGAACCCGGAAUUCACAAAUACUGCGGAUAUUGUUUUGGAUGGAAUUCAGUCAUUUAUUGAUCAAAAUUUUAUUCAAACGCAGGAACCACAUUAUAUAAUUGCUACUUCAUCUGCUUCUGAAUUAAUAAAAAAUGUCAAUGAAGUUUCUAUGGAAACUGUCAUUUUACAGGAACCAGAAAUUGUAAUUCCUGUUUUGCCAACUGAAGAUAUUCAUAUUCUUGAUAAUGAAAUAAAUCGUACUAAUGGUACAGUUUUUAACAGUGGAAAAGAACUGCAUAAUGAAAGGAGAGAAAAAGAUGUUUUCAUAAGCCUAUCCCCACAGUUGCCAAAUAUUUCAAACUUGAGUAAAAAUAUUGUCAAUACACAAGAAAAUAACAUAAACUUUCUUUGUGAAUCACUUGAUGAAAAAAAUAAUAGCAGUAAAUUAGAAAUAACCAGUAUAGACCAACAUGAAAAGCUUAUUAAUCUUAAUUUACACCUUUGCAAUUUACAAGAAGUAAACCAAAAUAAUUUUGCUGAUUUAAAUGCUUCUAAUCAUAUUGAAUGUGAAGAAACAAGUGAUAUGGAACUUGAUCAUAUGUUACAUGAAACGGAGAUUUUAACUUCUACUCCAUUAGCACCUCCAGAUAUAACAAAUGCACCUAUAUCUGACAAAGAAAACAAACAAUUAUACGAAACAUGCGUAAUGAGGGUUGAGAGAGACGAUGUUAUUGAAUCGAAAAGCAAUAUUAGUACUGUUACUAAUACUAAAGCAACACACCCGAUAGAAGUAAACAGGGAAAAUAUUGCGAAGCAGAUAGAUGAUUCUGUUUUUAAUAUCCCUACACCACAAAAUUCAAAAGUCGUUUUCAAUCAAAAUCUAUUAAUAUCACAUGAUAAAAUGUUUGAUUUCAAAAAUACAAAGAAUUUAGGUAACAUUUCACCUAGUGGUAAACCAACAAACAAAAACAUUAUUUUUGAAAAAAAAUCAAUGUCAUUAUUAGACUGUCCUUAUAAAGAUUAUGCCCAAGAAUUUAGUGAAGGACCCAAAAGAAAUAUUGUUACUGCAGUCGACAAUAAUAAUUUUAUUUACAAUUGUGGAAAAAAUUAUAACAUGAUGGAAGAUUUCGAAAAUUUACCAAAUUCAGGAAAUGAUCUCAAAGUCAUCGAAAAUGUAAGGGAUAAAGUAAAAGGUAAUAUUUCUACUGAAACGCUGUGUAAUAAUCAUAGUUUCAUAAAAAGUUCGGCAAAAGUUGGUUCGAUCGGAAUGUUACUAACAUCUAAGACUGCAGGAAAUGAAAUGGACCUUUCAUGUCAUAGAUUAAAUAAUGAAAAUUUUCAACCUGGUUAUGAAAACAAGGCUCAAGAAAUAGCUAAAUAUUUGAAGCAGGCUUAUCAAAGAAGAGCUAUAAAUAGAGGUGUACAAAUAUUAAAACCAAAACUUGGAAGCAUUGUCAAAUCAAAAAUAUUUAUUCACGGUGUUGAAAAGCCUGGUGGCUCAUAUGACUGUAAAUUAGAUAGAAUAAAAAUUAAAAAAACAUACGAAAAAAAGAAAAAUCAAGUGAAAAAAUCUGUGCCUUGUACAAUUAAGGAAAUUUCAUUCAAAAGUAUCAAUAAUCCAGAAGAUAUUUGUAUUGAAAUUAAAACAUGCAUUGACUCAUCUCUUACGAAACGCCAAGAAUAUUGUUUAUGUGGUGACUUUGGUAAAUUAACACAUAUUGAUGGUUUAUAUGAACAUAUUCACUUUGGUUCUAACAAAAGUGUCAAUUGUCCGAUUUCUACAGUGUUCGAAAUAUAUAACGAAUAUGGAAGUUUUUCUGAUAUUGAAAGGAAAGAAUACAUUCAAGAAAAAGAGGAUUGCCAUGAAUGUGAUACUGAUCACAUUUGCUGGCAGAAAUUUGAAUAUUUUGAAAGUAAAAGUAUUUGUGAAGAAAUGCAGUUGAACCACAAUACAGGUGCUGAUAAUGAGAUGAAUACACAGAUUUGUACAGAAAUUCACAAGCAAUCGGUUAUAUCAAGUGAAAAUAAGACGGCACAGGAAAAGGAAGCAAAUGAUUCAGAGGAGAUAACUGAAAAUUUGACUGAAUUAAUAAUAAUUGAUGAAAGUAUAAUAGAAUCCCAGGAGGAAACUGUAACCAAAGAAAGAGAAGGCAAUAUGCUUGUGAAUAAACAAAAUACUAAUGAAGACAACGUAAUUGAAACUACUGAUGUUCUAAAAUUAAACAAAAAACGAAAAAUAACGAAUGAUCCGGAGGAGCCCGCAAUUAUAAAAUGUGGUGUGUGUAAACAAAUUUUCGCAGAAUCGGAAUGGAAUUCUCACAUAUCGAAAGAGCAUUGUUAUAUUGCUUGGGAAGAAGGUCAUAAUUUUGAUUUUGAUAAUUUGUUAUUAAUGAAAAAAAUUAAAAAUAAAUUACAAACCAAAGGAAGUCUUAUAUGUACUUUUUGUGGAUUUGAAUAUGUCAAAUUGGCAAAAUUCCUAGCGCAUGUAAAGAAAUGUUACUUAAAAAAGAUAUCAACAUUCACGCUCGAUAACGAAAAGCCAACCCCAACAAAUUCAAUAUGUAAAUGUGGCGUCUGCCAGCUUGAAGUGUCUGACGUGAAUUGGAUCGAUCACAUAUCCAAGGAGCACCAAUAUCUUGCCUGGAAGGAUGGAGAUUCUCCAUUGAAAAUUGAUGAUGAAAAUGAAGUAAAUAGCCAUCUAUUAAAUAUAGUAAAAAAAUAUGGUCACCUUAUUUGUGCCAAGUGCGGUUUACUUAAGAAAUAUACAGCUAAAUCUAUAAAAAAAUAUCUGAUGCAUAUUGAGACUUGUAAUAUAAAAAAUGCCAAUGAAUCAAGCGCUGAAACUGAACAAUCUGCAGAUAAACCCGCAACGGCCGUAAAAGCUAUUUACAAAUGCGCAGUGUGCGAAGAAGAUGUAGAUUCUAUUGAAUGGUUUGACCAUAUUUCAUUGAAACAUAACUACCGGGCAUGGAAAGAAGGCGAAAAAGCGCCGAAUUUUGAAGAUAAGCAGAUAUGGUUGGAUCACCUGAAAGAAAUUUCCAGAAAAGCCGGUUGUUUGAAGUGCUCUAAGUGUGGUUUGAUUCGGAAAUACCCAAAGCCGUAUUUGUACCAUGUAACAAAUUGUGAUGGGAAAAAAAUCGAGACAGACAAUGGAAAGAAUACGCAGCGAGAAACGAAAAAAGAAAAGGAAGCAAGCCCGAAACAAGAUAAGCCAGAUGACGAAGCAAUAAUUUGCGGGGUGUGCCGGCGGAAACUUCGGAUCAAUCAGUGGAUGAGCCAUAUGAGAAUGCACAACUACAUAGCUUGGAAAGACAAGCAAGCGUCCGUAAAAGGUAAUGACCAUAGAGAGAAUCGUUUACGAGCUGUCAUCGCCCAUAUUCAAGAGUUGGAUUGUUUUAAGUGCGGAUAUAAGAGCGACGAUGUUACGCUUUAUCGGAAACAUAUCGACUCUUGCGCAUCGAAUUCCAUUCACAAAAUGGAUCCUCCAUUUAGUGAAGCGACAGAGCUGGCGCAAGAAGGUUUUUAUGAGUGCGCUAUGUGUCAAGAAAAAGUAAAAUAUGGUGAAUGGAAAAAGCAUGCUGUUGACAAACAUUACAAUGUGGCCUGGGUCGUUGGUGACGAACCUAUUGAUAUAUUUAAUCAAAACCUUAUCGCAAAACUGUUGAAAGAGUAUCUUCAGUAUGGCAGAUAUAUUUGCAAAGUGUGCGGUAUAACUAGAUCAUCGGGCAUCGGUUUUUUCGCUCAUACAAUAAAUUGUGGACUCUCGGAACAGGAAGCUGAAAGGUUUAAAUUAUUGUGCGACAUUUGUGAUACCAAAUACUUAGGCUUCUAUCAAAGUCAGCACAUGGUUGCGCAUUCUCAGAAAGAGCUCAACCAAGGGAAAAAGAGAGAGCAGGAGAGCAUGAAGAAAGAAAAGGAGAAGAAAGAAGAGGAAAUCACUGUAUUGCCGGGCCGCAGGCGUGCUGCCGCAAAAGCCAGAAUGGUCAUUGAAGAAACCGUCAGUCUUUUUAAGCACGUUUGCGAUAUAUGUUCAUUUGCGACAGACGUCGAAGAAGAGAUGGCAGUGCACAGGUGUCCGAAACGUCGGAAGAAGAGCGAGGACAUUGAUUUGUCACUGGAACCGGAGUCGAGUUCGGAUGACGAAGACAACGUUUCCGAGGCCGACGAGAACAUCGAUGAGGAAAUUGAGGACGAAGUUUCUGUGCCGGAAAAAAAGCGACAUAACGAUUACAAUUCUCCACCUAGGAUUCCAAGAAUACCAUUUGUGGUUUCAGAUUUAAAAAAGUAUUUUUCAAAAAAUGUCAAGGACACCGCCGAUUUCUUCCUGACUACUGAAACCCUUUUUCCCCAAUGGACCGAAUGUAAUUACAAGGCAGUACCGGAGGACAAACUGUUGAAAAUUCUGCCGCCUUUGGAAAAGUCUUGUCAAGUGUUUUCUCAUGAUAAGUGGUCAACUUAUGACCGUUGGACUGCCGUCACUGAUAAAGAUAAAACGACAAUAUUCGUCGGGUACAGCAUACAGCGCCUGUCGUGGGUGCCGUCGCACGUGUCCGUGGCCGCGCACUCGGCGCGCAACCUGCUGGCCGCGGCGUGCCACGCGGGGCCCGACACGCCGCAGUACAACGUCGACGAAUUGCCGGAACAUCCCACACUUAUACAGAUCUGGGAUUUUGGCGAUUUUCAAAAAACGGUGCCAAAAUUGGUAUUUGGGCUGGUGUUACAUUUCGGCACGGUGUGGGCCAUGGACUGGUGCCCGUCGGGCGCGCGCGCCGAGCUCGCGGGCGCGGCCGGCUGCGUGCGCCUGGGGCUGCUGGCCGUCGCCUGCUCCAACGGAACCGCGUAUAUAUUGUCGGUGCCGUAUCCUUCCACUCUUACAAGUGAAACAAUAUUCUACGAAUUAGAACCAGUAGCCCAACUGAGAUUUUCCACUAAAUUACAAAGGCAAAAAUAUCAGGCCACGUCCAUUUGCUGGUCAAUGCAAAAAGGCCAUGGAACAGUUAUUGUGGGAUAUUCCGAUGGAACAACUGCUUAUUAUGAUUUAAAUACUGAGUCGCCUUUAUUGAAGUCACAAGAAAACAACGUAGAUAUUUUUUAUCCAUUUAACGAGGAAAGAGUACAUAAUGGAUGUAUUACAGACGUGAGCUCGUUCCCCGUGGCGCGCGACGACCGCGUGGGCGCCGUCAGCACGGCGUCCGCCACCGGCAGCGCGCUCACCGCCAGCGGCGCCCAGCACUGCGCGCGCCUGCGCUCGCACCUCGCCAGCCACGCCGCCGCCUUCCUGCCCGCCUGGCCCUCCGCCUGCUUCGCCGGGGAGGACGUCAUCACAAAUCUAUCGGCUAACGAAUUGGAGUACUGGUGCUUAGGGCGGCGUAUAGGGCCCGCGCAGUGUUGCUGCGGUUGCAAUCACUGCGCUCUGAUGGCCACGUACAUGGCGCCUUUCGUGAGGCUGGUUCGAGCUCACCAAACUCGAUCCGAUGUCAAGAAACAGCCGGUGGCGUGGAUCAGCUUGAAACGUUUAGGGAAAAAAAGAAAACAUUCCGAAAAUAAAAAGGAGGUUACGCCUGAGCCGCUGACGUACGAAGACGCGGUGACGAAGUACGGGAUAGAAUUCAAAUUGAUCAACAAGCUUACAGAUCAGAAUGAAUAUAAAAUGUCCUUAACUCACUACAAGGAGAUAAACCCGGAGUGCUUCCCGAUAUCGGAAAUACGUUCCAUGGCGUUUUGUCCGUCGGCGAAGCAUCACAAACGACUAGCCCUCGCCACACAUUCUGGCAUAAUAUUCCUACUUAAAGUUUGAUGACUAUUUUCGUUAGCCUUCUACUGGGAAAAAAGCCUCUUUUUCAGCUAGUCAUGGUCAAAUAAACUUCAAUAAAUUAAAAUAAAAUUAACCAUGAGCAUCGGCUGUGAACUGCCAAGGGAUAAUGCCUUACAUUUUCGAUAUACACCCUGGAUGUUUCAUAUUGUAUGGAACUAAAUUCCGGAUUAAUUUUUCAUGUUUCAUUUCUCUUUAUUACUUACUUACAUUUUCAGAAUGUAUAAAAUGAUUUUAUCCAGGUUGUUUAUAAAUUGUGUUGUAUAAAAAGUGUAGUAAUAACACAUGAUGCACAAUGCGAUUUAUUGAAGAGAAUAUUUUGCCGAAAAUAAGAAAAGUUGUUGAUAUGUUGUAUAUGAGUAAAAAACUUUUAUUUAGUGUUUAAGUUCUUUUUUUAUUGCCGUUGAAGUAUUAUUUAGUACGUAAAUUUUGUUUAUUAAGAUUUUUAAGUGAUACCUAUUCAAAUAUGAUAACAUAAGAAAGAGUUUUGCGUGGGUUUAUCCUAUUUUAUACUACUUCGAUUUAUUAUUAUCUUCAAUCAAUACAUAUAAAAAAACUGUAAAAAAAAAAUUUGCCUGCACAUUGAGUGUAUUUUCAAAAAAUAAUUUAUUACGAUAAAGAAAUAGUAACCAUCUGUCUGUUUGUAUGUUCAUGUGUACACAUUCAUCUCCGGAACGGACGUAUUCGAAUGUUUUUUUUUGUUGUGGUAUAGCUCUUAUACACAUACCAUGUCCAACUUAUAAGGUAUAAUUUAUUUUGGAUUCUGGAACAGCUGAUGUCGAACUAGAACAACUCAGCUAAACUAUAGGAGGUAUCGCGAAGACGUCUUAACAAAAGUUAUCACAACGCUACGCUAACAGAACAAACAAAAAUAUAAAUCAUUUCUUCUCUAUAUAAUAUUAGUAUGGAUUAUUAAAUUGUUGUCAACUGUAUGUGCCCUGGGGCUCCGCUGCAGUGAGAAUUCAGGGGUAUAAAGUAUUUUUUGUUAAUCCAAAUUAUAUCCUAUGUAAUGGCAAAUUUCCUUGAAAUUUAUUUUGGCGAAUUUGAGUAAAUUUAAUAACCUUAAUCUUCGUAUUUCCAAUAACACGCAAACGGCGUUGCCUGCAACAGCUAGUUGACAAUAAAAACAUAUUUGAUACCAUAAUACCAAAAGUUAAUACUCCUCUUGGUAUGUGGACGACCAGAUUAGAUGUGCUUCAAAUUGUCAUCAGUUUUGGUUAUAUGUGGUAUCGGGUAAUAUAAGUAUUUCCCUUUUGAUUUUAACCCUUAAUUUUUAAGUUGUGAAAUUUUGUACAUUAUGUAUAAUAUUGUUUUUUAAUUUAAAAUAGGUAAAAGCUUGAAGUUUUGUUAUGGUUAUUAAGAACGGGAGCGAAUAUGUUUUCCGAGUUACACAGUUUAUCAAGUAUUUUUAUUUGUACAGUUGUUUGUUGUAAGAGGAUGUACAGUGUACAAGUAUAUGCUAGAACUGAAGUUUAUUUUUUAAGAUUCAUGAGGUUAUGUACUCCUUUUUUUUAUUAAUUUUUAAAACAUCACAAUUAAGUCCGCCGAUAUCAAAAGCUAUUUUUAUUCUGUGUGACUUGUAGUUACGGAUGUAUCACCAUGAUUAAGUUUUUAUGGUAUAUUUUUGUUUGAAUGAUUACCAAUAUUAAAAAUAUUGGUCAAUGUCAUAUUCAAAUAGCCUGUUCAAAUAUUGGUAACUUACCGUUAUAUUAAACAUCAGUAAAAUAAGUAAAUACAUGUAAUCUAAAAUACUUAUUUUAAUAUAAUUGUAUUUAUUCUUAGGCUAGCAGAAAAUAUAUCGGAUAUUAUAGUGAUACUAAUAUUAAACAUUCGUUGUGUACCAAUAUUUUUUAAAUGUGAUAGAAACACUUA